CGACAGUUAGUAUCACCUAACAUGUUUAGCUAGUCGUGUUUUCUUUCCAAGUCUGAUCAAUAAUUUAUGUAGGUAAGCAAUAUUAAAAUUAUAUGAGAAGUUAAUGGAAAAUAUAGAAAGUAAAAAAAAGUAUUUAUCCAUAUGAAUGUUUUCCAAAGUCCUCUUUACUUUCCCUGGGUAAUCCCUUAUUUGAGCGCUAAAAAUUAUUUCUAGUGAAAUAAAUUGAUUUGUAACGACUACUACUACUACUAACUACUGAGCUUUAAACUAGUUUGAGCCCGGUGAUUUCUUUUUAACGAUUUAGGAUGUAAGAAGAUAGUGUUAUUAAUUAAAUGCAAGGUACGACUAAGGGAGGGUAACACCGCAAAGGCUAAGGGCUUCGAAGUAUAAUAAUAAAGUAAUAAGUUUAUCUGCUGCAGUUGCAGUAUUUUAAUUUUAUUAUUUAAAUUAUUAUUAUAUAGGCCUAUUCACACUCUACAGGUAUUUAUUGUCAAAUGAUUUGUUUGCAUAUUUACAGGUAGCAGUGAAUAAAAAGUAAAUAGGAACAGAUUCUGAAAAUGCCUUGUUGGUAUUUUGAAAGAAAAGAAAUUAAGAACUCACCAUCGUUUCGUGAUGGUAUUGAUACUGCUACAGAGAACAGGUACAGACGAGAAGGGGCACGAUUCAUUAUUGAUGCUGGUACAAAGAUGGGAUUGUAUCCUUUUUUGAAAGAAUUUCUCUCUACUGACAUAUCCAUCCAUUUUGUGUGUAAAUGGAUUGUUUUUUGUCAUUUUAAGAUUUCUCAUUCAGAGUUCACCUGGUAAAAGGCUAGAGGUGGGUUCACUCUGUCUCUCAAAUUAUCAUGGUUGACCAUAUCUGCUACAUGAAGUGAAAGGGUGGGUGGGUGAGCUAAAUAAUUUUAUAUUUGUUGAAAAAUUUAAAGAUUAAAAUUUAAAUACUAAAAGUGGAAAAUUGAUAAAAAUAUUCAAAAUAGAUCUUCUAUAAAAAACGAGUUAAAACACAUUAAAAAAUAGAAAACAAUUUAAAAUUUCUUAGAAUACAGUAUACAGAGAAAGUCUGCAGAAAUUUUUUAUUUAAAAUUAAUAAAACUAUAACAUAUUUAUUAAGCAUUAUCUAUAUUUAAUUCCAAUCCUUUUACUCCUUAGAGUGCUCAUCUACAUUUUUUCAGUCUUUCUUUGCGUAAUGCAUUUUAAUAAAUUGUAAAUGAUUUUCUACUUUUUGGUGGGUUUUAAUUCUUAAAAAAAAAAGUUUAUUAAAUACAUUUUUAUUGGAACAUCAAAAUAGCAUUUAAAAAUUUCAACUUAAUGACCUAGACCUUAGUCUAAUUAUGUGUGUGUUUAUGAAUAUAUCUAUUUGUUUGACUGUCCCCUACUAGAGAUUUGUCAGACUCUGAAAUAAAACGUAAAUACCUAAGGGAACUCCAAAAUAGAUGCCUAGUUUUAAAAUGACCAGUGGUUAGUACCAAAAAGCAUAACUUUCCAUCAUCUAAAAAUAGCGUAAAAAAUUUCAACAAGUUCCUUCUUAGGGACAUAAAUAUAAUGUUCUCUUACAAUAUUAAUAUUUCCUUUAACAUUUGUAUUACUAUCAGAAAUUUUGAAUGGCCACAUUAAUUUUUGCUAAAAUUAGCGAACCCUUUCAAAAUUCAGGGGUCAUAGCUAUUGUAUAUUUUUUAAUGGUUUGACAAUAUCAUUCACAGGCCAUCCUGUGAACAAUUUAAACACAUUUACUAGAUAUUAUUCAAGAAAAACAGUGGCUGCACUGCAUAUUUCUGUUUUAUUCAUCGAUUUAUGAAUAAAAACAAAGUUUUUUUGUUCUUAAAACAUUUACUAACCUUCAUUAAUUAUUUCAAAAUAAAUUUCAGUGUAUUAUAUAUGCAUUUACUAGGUUAUCAAUAAAUUAUGAAUGAAGUUACAUGCAAUAGAAAAAUAUGAUCCAAAUGAAAUUUCAUUUACUUAAGCCAAAAUCGACAGUCAAAAAUGUUUAAAAUCUUUCUUGAUUAAAAAACCCAGCUGUAGCAAAGAGGUUGAUGUUUGAUGACUUUCAACUCCAACAUCAAAAAUCAUGAGGUCAAAUCUGUAUUUAUGUAGUCUGAAGUAGCUUUGUUUUCCUUGAUGUUCCUCUAGACGUUAUGACACAUGUGCUACAGGAGUUGUUUACUUCCAUCGCUUCUACAUGUUUCAUUCUUUCAAAGAAUUUUACAGAUAUGUAAGUUUUAUCUACAUUAUAUACCAUCCAUAUUUUAUAAAAAUAUAGUAAAAAUUUAAAUUAAAUUUAUGUCUGUGUGUUUCACCUUCUUUCUUCUUUCUACUCAGUGAGUGAUUUACAAUGAAUAUCUAGACUAAUAUAUGACUAUAUCAUUGGACCAUCCGCCAAAUUUGUCAUUUAAUGACAAAGGUUAUGGUAUGUUUAUUAAUAAUGCUUUUACUCAAAGAUUCAUUCCAUCAGUUUGCAUGCAUCCACCGGUGCCUGAGCCAACAGCCAAGGAGCACCACUUCUGUCUGCUGACUCCUUCUUGUGGGAGCUGUCUGCAAAUAUUUCUCUUUUGUUCAGCUUUCUUUGGUUAUUUUUCUCUGGGUUGUUCUGGGAAGUGAACUCGUUUUUUUUUUCUACAAGCAGCUGGAUGUUUCUCUGCCAUAAAAUUUUACCUUGAACCACAUACAAUAUUGUUCACUUUGAACCACAUACUAUAUUGUUCACUUUGAACCACAUACAAUAGUUUUCACUUUGAACCACAUACAAUAUUGUUCACUUUGAACCACAUACUAUAUUGUUCACUUUGAACCACAUACAAUAUUGUUCACUUUGAACCACAUACAAUAUUGUUCACUUUGAACCACUUACUAUAUUGUUCACUUUGAACCACAUACAAUAUUGUUCACUUUGAACCACAUACAAUAUUGUUCACUUUGAACCACAUACAAUAUUGUUCACUUUUAACCACAUACAAUAUUGUUCACUUUCUAACAUCUUUGACAGUGAUUUAAAUUUUUCACUUCAUAUUAAUAAUAUUGUAAUUGUCCGAGUUUAACAAAUUUAUAUCUUGGCCGUUUCCUCAUAGAAAUAAAUAAAUAAUAGGGCUGUUUUAAUAUAUUUUAACAUAAUAUUUUCUAACCAGGUAACUGCAGCUUGUUGCCUAUUCUUGGCUGGGAAGGUGGAAGAGACGCCCAAAAAGUGUAAAGAUAUCAUUAAAAUAGCUCAGUCCCUUUUGUCACCGGCAUCUUUCCUGAGGUUUGGGGAUGAUCAAAGGGUGAGAACUCUUACAGUCUGCUUGAUCAUUUUCAUUCAUGCUCGACACAGUAUCACGUUUUCUUAUCGUCAGAUGUAUCAUUUUGAAUGCACAACUGAGACAACACAUGGGAUUUUAAAUGUUAGUUUGUUAAGACAAAUGUAAAAAAGUUGAGUUCAUUUUUAAUUUUAGCAUCAUGCCAAGCUUUGUUAAAAAAAACAUUUCCCAGAAGAUAGUUAUUUAUAUUCUGGUUCUGGUAAUGUUUCGUUGCUGCAUCCAUGUACUGUAUUGCAACGGUUGGGGAUAUGAUGUUGCUAUUCUAACAGCUCCUAGUUGAUGCCAGGGCAGCCUUGAAACUUUCCACCGAUGUCGAGUUCACAGUGGCAUCGUUCAGGUGGUUCCAUGCUAUUAUUGUGCAUGGGAAGAAAGAUUAUUAAUACUGCACUGUGUUGCACUGAGGCAUUUGCUAUUGUUUCUUGUGUAAUUGUUUAUGGGAUGGGAAUGUCAGUGGUGAAGUCAGUGUUCAGUGAGGGUUUUGCUCUGAUCAGUGUACCCGGCUUCUGUGGGGUGAGGUACGUGCCUGCUGGGAUGGCCGGCACCAGUCUAAGGGGAUAUAUUUGGUCAUCAAUCCCCUAUUAAUAAAACUAAUGGAAUAAAUGCGUAUAGUUGUAAAUUUAUUAAAUCCAAGAUAUUAAAUCUUAAAAUGAUCAUGUUGAAUUUUAAUAAUUCAUUUUUUUCAUUUUUGUUUUCCCAGGAGGAGGUAAUGACCAUGGAGAGAAUCUUGCUGAAGACAAUUAAGUUUGAUCUUCAAGUAGAACAUCCAUACAGUUGCAUGCUCAAAUUUGCCAAACAUUUUAAAGGUGAAGAGUUUAUUUCCAUUUUAUGUUGUUAGGACUCUUGAAAUCAAUUAAUUUUAAAAAAUCCAAACUUUUUUUUGGUUGUUUGUAUAGUUAUAGUGUAUCAAUUUUAUGGCGGAAUUUUUUAAGAAGCCUUAAAAAAUAAAUCAUUCCAUACCAUGAUCAUCCAAUCAAUAAAGUAACUAAAUUAAGGUCAAGAUUGCAGAAUAUUUUAACAAGCAUAUACUGAACACUCUUUUAAGUUUCUCAAAUAAAUGUGUUUAGUAUUUAUUAUUUUCCAUGAACAUCAUGUUAUUCAUCAUAAGAAACUCAAUAAUUUAAGAAAUGAUGUUCUCAGUAUUAUAAGCAUAAAUGUGUGAUAGAGAAAAAGACCGACCUAUGUUUUUACAAUACUGACAAUACUUCUAACUGGCAUUAAUGAGUGAAAUUUACCAUGUUUUUUGCUUGGUAAAGGAAAUUAGAGAUGGAAGCAACUUUCAAUCUCAGGCAUCAGUACUUACAAAUGCGAGCUUGGAGAAUGCAUGGAGACCUGUCCUCUGUACUAGAUAGAUAUUUUGAGAGGACACAAUUGUUGCAUCAGGCCAGAAAGUCUGGGUGAUGAAAUGCAUGACUUGAAGAUGCGAAAGAAAGAGCGAGAUCCCCCCCGUCCUUCCUCCCUGAUUUUAAAACUCAUUUCUUUCCUUUCAUGUGUGUGGCCUUGAAGAAUCACUUGUUCAAAGACAGCAGCCACCUGGACGCAAGGGGGAAUCAGGAUUGUUUCCACGUCAGGAGUUUUAUCAUUCUUCUGUUAAAUUUCUCAUUCGUUUUUUUAAAAAUGUUGUUUACAUUUGUAGGGUUAAAUGAUGUGUGCUCGACACUGGACUGGAAGUAUUAAUAAAGUAGCUGCACUAGAAAUCCUACACAUUUAAUUCUUCUCUAUCAUCAGGAGACAAGGAAAAGACUCAGAAAAUGGCACAGAUGGCCUGGACUUUUAUUAAUGACAGGUAGUACAUUAUUCAUAUAGUAUUAUCAUGGAUUAUUCACUACUCAUUUUCUCUUAAAGAAGCAUUUCUUUUCCCCAUGUACCUAUUGUACAAUUCUAUACUUUGUUUAUGUAAUAUAAUGAUUCAAAUAUUUAAUAUAUAUAGAUAUAUAUUUAAUAAAGAUAUAUAUAUUUUUAUGUAAACAACAUUUUAUUGACAACUCUGUCCCAUGAGCCAAGAACACAAGCUGACAAAUGUAUAUUCUAAUUCAACAAAAAAAUGUUUGCACCAUUUUUAAAAUUUGUUGUGCCCAUAUUAAUUUGGUUCAUCUUUAAUAAUGAAAAAUGUAUGCAUAAAAACUUGGGUAUAAAUGUUUCUUUUCAUAUAGCAAUGAUUUAAAUACAUAACCAGGAUUCUUUUCUUGUUUUUUUGCUAAGUAUUUUCUUCCAUACAGACCAGUUUGUAAAUUGUAUUUUGAUAUUCCUUCAAAAACAAGAUAAAUAUAUACUGCUGAUCUACUUUUAAUGGUCUCUGAUCCUGUUUCAUGAAUUCUUUCCCUCUAGUCUGUGUACAACACUUUGCUUGCAAUGGGAACCAGAGAUUGUGGCAGUCUCCCUCAUGUACCUGGCCUCCCGGCUGACCAAGUUUGAACCAACAGAUUGGUCCAGCAGGUCCAGCAGUAGGGCCAAAUGGUGGGAGGACUUUGUGGAAGGAAUGUCCAUGGAGUUGAUGGAAGGUGAAAUAGGGAAUAACAAUUAGUUCAGUAAAUUUAAAACAUGUGUGAUGUGAACAUGGUGUAGUACAGGGCUGUCCAAACAUGUGUGAUGUGAACAUGGUGUAGGACAGGGCUGUCCAAACAUGUGUGAUGUGAACAUGGUUUAGGACAGGGCUGUCCAAAUGUGUGAUGUCAACAUGGUGUUGGACAGGGCUGUCCAAACAUAUGUGAUGUCAAAAUGGUGUAGGACAGGGCUGUCCAAACAUGUGUGAUUCAACAUGGUGUAGGACAGGGCUGUCCAAACUUUUUGACAAUGAGGGCCAAAAUUUCUUUUCUACGAUCCCGAGGGCCGCAAAUGACUUCUCAAAAGGAAGAUUACAUUUAUUUUUUACUUUUUAGAAAAUUAUUCAUAUUAGAAAUAAAUUUUACCUGAUGUAUAAAGAGUCACAUAUGCAAUAGCAUUAUUAGCUCAUUAAAAAUAUAAAUAAAUCGAAUAAAAACUGUAGCCAUUUUUAAUUAUAUAUUUGGCUUUGAAUUGUACUUGCAACUGUCAUAAUUUGAGGUAGUUAUUGGUAGAUAUGCCCUCGUUAGAUUUUCUAAAUGUUCACCAGUCAAAGCGUUAAGAUUUUUGGACUCAAUGUUGUUCUUUCAGUGAUGUAAGGUGAUUCCAAAAAACAUGGUUACAAUGUUGUUACAUUCUCACAGAAGAAACAAACGUCAUCCAGAAUUUAUUUUGCCAAGCAUUCUUAUGUUUGUUAAUAAAAAAAUAAUGUCAAGAACCGUUUCUACUGUCUCCCACAACUCCUCCAUGGCUGCACUGCACUAACUACAAACAAACUCUGCUUGUAUUCUGCUUUCUACUUAUUGAACAUCUCACUCUCUCAUCUCUGAAUACCAGGUACUUGUCCCCAACGUCACAACAAUACAGAAUGGACACACAGUUUUCCCAUACCUGGCUACACUUCCUGUUUAAAUAAUAUGGUACCAUAAAUGGUUCACUGCCCACCGUAAUCAUUAAAUUGUGACACCUUUAGUGCCCCCGCUCCAGUCUCGAUUACUCUUACCAGAAGACUUUCCUGUCAUAUCAUACCACAAAAUGCAGUAGUUCACUUGCUGUGAUCACCAAUCUAUUGCUUGGGUGGGGCCAUGGAGAUUUUUAAAAUGACCUAAUAGCCACAUAUCAAGUUACUUUUGGUUUCCCUAUUCAUCAUCUGUCCCAACACCAUCCGUGAUUAUAUCUGACACCCAGUGAGAUGCAAUAGAAAGAAGGAAAAGAUUGUACCCCAUUUUAUGUCCCCCACUGCGUCCCAAAUAGUUUGCUGGCUGAUGUGCUUGACAUCAAGAAAUGCUACCGGUAUAUGUCAAGCCAUAGCACUCCUUAGAGUUGGUGACCUCCCUCUUUUCCAUGUUACAACUUCUCUUGUGCUCUCACAAGAUUUUCCAAUAAUACUAAAGCAAAUAAUGUGGCUUUAAAAUUAUAUUCCUCCUAAAAAUAUUUAAUUUUAUUUUUUUACAAACAUAAAAAUGUUACAAGCUUUGGCGGCCAUUUAAAAUCAGCUUGCAGCCCCCGGGUUGGAGAGCACUGUUGUAGGAGAUCCUUAUGUGCCGGGAAGAUGGUGUAUGGUAUAUUUUAUGUAUGGCAAGGGGAUUGCUAGAGGAAAAAAUUUCUUUAUAGAGCUUAACUUUUAUAACUUUUUGAAUAAAAUUUUAACAUAAAACCAUUAGUAUGAACAUUACAUUUUUGUAAAGUUUUUGAGUGAGACCAAAAUUGUUCAACAAGAAUUUUGUUGGUUAAAAUAUAAAUCUCCUUAAAACAUUCAGGUGCAAUGUUCUUUCAUGUCUUAAGGAGUCUGGAUCAGUGGAGAAGUUGACUUGAGCAGACUGCCAUAUCUUAACCUAUGGUUACCAUUUUGUCACAGAUAUCUGUCACCAAGUGUUGGAUCUUUACUCUGCCAAACAGAAGAAGAUUGAUGGGGACUCACCUCCGCAGAGUCCAGCCAAGGUUGGGAAGCAAUCACCUCCGCCUCCCCCACCCCCUGACAGGACCCCGGGCAAAAGAAGCAGAGAGGUGAGAAAUUUUUGCUUUCUCUGACAUGAUACAUAAUUACAUAAGAGCUUUAUUUAUCCAAAAAUGGUUUCUCACAAUUAUCGUAGGGUGAGUCCAUGAAAAAAAACCCAUAGAUUUCAUAUGUUUGUAUCUACGUAUAGAUUUUUAGGGCUAGCACAUAUGUUCAGAUUUAUUUAAAAAAAACAACUUACUAAAUAGCCAGUUGCUCAACUGGGCUUAGGCUAAUUGUUGGGCAUAUGUCUCUGCACAUGAGGAGCCAGAAUGAUCAAUUCAUUGAUUGUGGGCCCUCAAAAUAAAGAAGAAGAAGAAGAAGAAGAAGAGUAGUCAUAGAAAGAGAGCUUUGGAAUUUAGAAUUAGUCACACAAAAAUGAUUAAAAAUUGUCCAUGAUUGAAAUUGAAGGGAUUAAUUGAUUGCCCUAAAUAUUUAAUCUCACUGAUUCAUUUCAACAAUUUUUGUAACAUGCCCGUAUUUUGUCAAGGCUAUUUAGUACAUAGUGGAUUAAAAUGAAAGUUUAAAAGGGAAAUUGUACAUUCAAAGUUGAUUAACAAUAACUCAACUUUUUAGUCUUCUCUUGCUUCAUUCAAAAAUGAAUUUUCAUGUAAGACAGCAAGAAGGGGAAUUACUUUCUCAAUUAUUUUAAAAAGGCGGUUUGCACUUUUCGUUUCUUUUUUGUUUUGUCACAUUUCACCAAAUGAUAUUAAGUUACAAUUCAUUAACCUAUGAGUCGCCUGUGAGGUGCCUGUCAGGCCCCUUUUUGCACUUUUCAAAUAAUCAAAUAUUUUAACUAAAAAGUGAAAAUUAUGGUGAUAUUUUUUAAAUCCCAAAAUUAAAUUUUUCCAAAACCAAAACUCUCAGGACACACCAUCAGAAGCUGAACCAGCAGCCAAAUCUAUCAAGACCGAGAAGGACGUGAAACCAGUGUCUUCACAAAGCAGUGCCUCAACUACUACAGGUAAGUCUGGUGGUGAACAUAGACAUUGGAUGUUAUGUUAUGUUAAGUAUGGUGGUGAACAUAGACAUGGGAUGUUAUGUCAUGUUAAGUAUGGUGGUGAACAGAGACAUGGGAUGUUAUUUCAUGUUAAGUAUGGUGGUGAACAUAGAGAUUGGAUGUUAUGUUAUGGUAAGUCUGGUGGUGACAUAGACAUUGGAUGUUAUGUUAUGGUAAGUCUGGUGGUGAACAUAGACAUUGGAUGUUAUGUUAUGGUAAGUCUGGUGGUGAACAUAGACAUUGGAUGUUAUGUUAUGGUAAGUCUGGUGGUGAACAUAGACAUUGGAUGUUAUGUCAUGUUAAGUAUGGUGGUGAACAGAGACAUGAGAUGUUAUUUCAUGUUAAGUAUGGUGGUGAACAUAGAGAUUGGAUGUUAUGUCAUGUUACGUAUUGUGGUGAACAUAGACAUUGGAUGUUAUGUCAUGUUAAGUAUUGUGGUGAACAUAGACAUUGGAUGUUAUGUCAUGUUAAGUAUGGCGGUGAACAUAGACAUUGGAUGUUAUGUCAUGUUAAGUAUGGUGGUGAACAUAGACAAGGGAUGUUAUGUCAUGUUAAGUAUGGUGGUGAACAUAGACAUUGGAUGUUAUGUCAUGUUAAGUAUGGUGGUGAACAUAGACAUUGAUGUUAUGUCAUGUUAAGUAUGGUGGUGAACAUAGACAAGGGAUGUUAUGUCAUGUUAAGUAUUGUGGUGAACAUAGACAUUGGAUGUUAUGUCAUGUUAAGUAUUGUGGUGAACAUAGACAUUGGAUGUUAUGUCAUGUUAAGUAUUGUGGUGAACAUAGACAUUGGAUGUUAUGUCAUGUUAAGUAUUGUGGUGAACAUAGACAUUGGAUGUUAUGUUAUGUUAAGUAUGGUGGUGAACAUAGACAUUGGAUGUUAUGUCAUGUUAAGUAUGGUGGUGAACAUAGACAUUGGAUGUUAUGUCAUGUUAAGUAUUGUGGUGAACAUAGACAUUGGAUGUUAUGUCAUGUUAAGUAUUGUGGUGAACAUAGACAUUGGAUGUUAUGUCAUGUUAAGUAUGGUGGUGAACAUAGACAUUGGAUGUUAUGUUAUGGUAAGUCUGGUGGUGACAUAGACAUUGGAUGUUAUGUCAUGUUAAGUAUUGUGGUGAACAUAGACAUUGGAUGUUAUGUCAUGUUAAGUUUUGUGGUGAACAUAGACAUUGGAUGUUAUGUCAUGUUAAGUAUGGUGGUGAACAUAGACAUUGGAUGUUAUGUCAUGUUAAGUAUGGCGGUGAACAUAGACAUUGGAUGUUAUGUCAUGUUAAGUAUGGUGGUGAACAUAGACAUUGGAUGUUAUAUCGUAUUCUUUUAAGAAUGAAAGUAGAAAAUGUGACAUAAUAAAAUGACAAUUAUUUGACCAAGAUAAAUAGAUACAUAUUUUGCAGUCCUUAUGUAUAUAAAUUAUAAAACAUACUAUCCCUGAAAGUUAAGAAGAAAAUAUUUUAAUUUAUAGUUUAAAUUAUACAAAAAUUGUCAUUGUAAAUACAUAAAUUUUGUCCAUCUUCCAGGUGCUCCCAUCCCAGUUGCCCAGCACAUCACCCCAUCUUCAGAUAAGCACCCCAGUUACAGCUCAGUGCAACAGAGCAACAUAGAGUUCUCCUCAUACAACCCAUACAUCUCAUCCCAAAUGUACACGGCAUCGUUCAUGUCACAAGAAGGUUCCCAGAAUAUUCAGUCUAUUCUGGCAGGCACAGCACCUCCUCCUCAGCCUGUGGCCCCUUCCUAUGCUGAGCACCAUAGUCACCACCCUCCUCCCCCAGACACCUCACAGUACGCUCCGCCCUCAGUGCCCCAAUCUGAUCUGUCUUAUGGGUACCCCCCUCCCCCGUCUCAGUACCAGCCCCCUUCGCUACCACCUCCCCACUCAUACCCCCCACCUCCAUCUGCCCCACCGCCCUAUGAUCCCUAUGCUGUGCCCCAGUCCUCCUACCCUCCUCCUUUGUACCCACCUCCGCCAGUCUCUCAGCCCCCUCCUCAGCACUCUUAUCCCCCUCCCUCCAUCCCCAAGCCACCCUACCCCAGUUAUUACCCACCCUCAAGUCAUAUCCCACAGGCCCCUCCACCACAGCCGCCCAGAAUGUCCAGCUAUUCCCAGCCUCAGUACCAGCAGCCCAACCAGCACCCUUCGCAGUCACAGCCAGGACCUCAAAACUACGGACAGCAGCCUCGUCACCGUGGCAACUACCACAAACACACGAAACAAGGCAACCGUAAGGAUAUCCCGGCCCUGACUGAAAUAAAAAUAACUGGUCGCCCUGAGUGGGGUCAUACUAAGUGAUUUUGAUUUAUCCAACAUUCAUUAUGUUAAAAAGUUGUUUCAAUUUAGUGAGCACUAAAAGGGCUAAAAAAAAUACUCAGCUCUAUUCUGUUGUUCAUUGUUCUUAUGACAUAUUCUGGAGUAAAAAUAUCAACAACAUUGACACCAACAAGUUUUUAAUAAUUUAAUUUACACUCUAUGGAAACCAAAAUAAAUAUAAACUUCUUGGGUCUGGUUGCAUAUUCAUCUUAUUUUUAGGUUGUAAUUUUAAAGUCAUAAGUAUUUUUCUUUUCUUUAUUUUUCACUCUUCUUUGGGAGUUUUGGUUACUUGUUGAAUGAUCUCCCUUUGUUUUAUUACAUGCUUUGUGGGAAUUUUUUAGUUGAUGGUCUUAGAUCAUGUCAAAGAGAAGACUUUUUAUUUCUUUUUUCAUCACUUGAAAUAAUUUUUCUCUCAGCAAUAUGGAGAAGUCCCUGACUUCAGGCUUUUAGGAAAUUCAUGUUUUAAAAUUUUAUUUAGUGCAGAUAUUAUAACAUAGUUGUUGGACUGUUAAUAAAAUUUGGCCAUGUU